GUGAACACUGUGUGGGUAGCGCUCUCUAGUAGGUCGAGUGGGUAGUGAAGGUUGACCUCAGAGAUACACAACGUCCUUUGUCUACAACGAUUAUGAAUAUAUUUGCUGUACUGACACGCCUUUCUACGUUCACCUCGGAAAAGCUAGGUUUAUUUAACAGGUGUACUGUAUACAACCCAUUGAAGACCACCUGUAUUCAAUAUUUUUUAUAUUGUCGAAUAUUUUAAAUUGAGCAACAUUGUUAAAUUUAAUCUUUUAUACAUUUUCGACAUUUAAAACUUAAAAGGGCAGACUAUGGUGGAAAGUAAAAAAAAAACUUUAACACGCUAGAGAAUCAAGUUAUUCUGACGUUGAUUUACGGUUGCCAUGGCAGCCAGAGCCAACAAACGUUGCCGAGGUCCGCGGUUUGGACAAACAUGCCUCCCAAGCGCAAAGACUCGAGUAAAAAGACAGCUAAGGUCAAGACUCCCACUCUGAUAGACGGACUGACCAAAGAUGAGCUGUCCAAAGAUCAGCUUAAGGAACACAUCACACGUCUCAGAGAGGAGCUGGAUAGAGAGAGAGAAGAACGGAACUACUUUCAGCUGGAGAGGGACAGGAUACACACCUUUUGGGACUGCACUGAAAGAGAGCUACAGGAAGCCAGAGCUGAGCUGAAAAACAUGGAAAAGGCAAUAGAAGAGGAUGAGUGGCGCCAUCAAGUGGAGAUCAAGGUGUACAAACAGAAGAUGAAGCAUCUUUUGUGUGAACACCAGAACAACAUCACUGAGUUCAGAGCAUUCGACUCACUCUCCACCGAAGAGCGACAGAGAGAGCAGGAAAAACUGGAACGUGAUCUUCAUAAGGAAAUGAAGUCCACCAUAACAGACAUGCUGGUCAGCAACGAACACCAUGUGAAGGAGCUACAGAUGAAACACGAGGUGGAAAUCUCAGAAACAAGAAACAGAUUUGAGAAGCAGCUCAAAGACAUUCAAUCCACUAAUGAGGAAAGGUUGGAGUUGCUGUGUAAAGAGCUGGAGGAAAAGAGGAAAAAUGAACUCAGUGAGAGAGAAGAUCACUGGAACAGACACAUCGCUGGUCUGAUAGAUGAACACAACAGUGCCCUCAAAGCUGUCAACGACUGUGUCAGUGACAUUCCACAGGUUCUGGAGAACAGCGAUUCACUCAAGACACAAAUUAAAGACAUGAAGAUUCAGCUGAAGAAGAAAAAGGACCUCAACCCACUUUUGCAAGACAACAAAUACCUUACUGAGUGUCUAUCCAAAAUAAUGAUGGAAAUUUCUGAAAAAGAGAAAAAAAUUGAGAGAUUAAAAAAGAUUCAGUCUGAUGUUAGUCAAAAGCUCAAGGAGGCACAGCUGAGUGAUAUGAGAAAGGAUCAUGAUGAACUGAAACAGAAAUUCUGUGAGGUAAAACUUCAGAUGGACAGGCUGCGCAAACUUCACCCUAAGAUAAUAGAAAAUCACCAAAAUAAUAAAGGUUUGAAAAGUACAAGGCUGGAGACAGAGCUGAACUCCACUACCGACCACCUGGAGAGGACACAAACUCAGCUAUUUUCUGUUCUAUCUGCAUCUAACGUGGACCAAACAGCACUUUAUGAGAUCACAAAGAAAAUUGAGGGAAAGAUUGACCAGAGUAACAACGCUGUUAAAGACUUGGAGUUUAAAAAAGCAAAGAUUUUUAAGGCACGAACGGAUUUGCUGCUGUCCUUGGAAACAAAGCUUAAGUCUCUUGGGUUUCGAGAGGAAGACCUCAGCACUGAGAAGUAUGGAAGUCUGGCUGAUUCUAGAAAGUUAAAAAUGCUGAGCAAUUAAUGAGCUGAUGUCAGCUUCAGAAGAAUUUGCUUCACCACUGUAUAUACUUCUUUGUUAGUUUUGUUCUUAUACCAUUAUUUUUCUUAUAAUUGCAAAAUUAAGUCAAAUGCUACAUCCCCAGUUUUAGGAAACAAGAUAUUUGUAAACAGUUGUAAUGCUGCAAGUUUUCAAACUUAUAAUGAUUUUUAAAAAGCUAUGAGGUUCCAAACUAUUUAAAAUGUUAACUUAUGCUACUAUUAGAAUUAGGAAGCUAUUUAUGAAAAGACUCCCAACAUAGUUAUUUUACCGGUAUAUACAAUGGUUUAUAAAUGUAUUAGAUUCUUACUGUAAGAUCCAAUAACAGAUACCCUUGUCUAAAUUGAAAAUAUGCAUCAAACAAAAAAAUACUUUCAUGGGAUUAAACAAAUAAAUAUUAUUUCUGAUGAUGAAGUAGAAUAAAAUAGUUUCCCUUACUGGAAUUGUUUGAUGAUUUUCUCCAUUCAUUCAAAUAUCUUAAAACCCUAACCACUCUUAAGUGGGAAUUCAAUUAUUUAUUUUUAAAAAUGGUUAGCUUCGAUGCGUUGUGCUUGAAAGCCAUUUGAUUUUAAAUCUUCUAAAAACAACUCGAACACUCGUUGCGUUGCUGAGAUGUGUUCCGCCGAACUUUGAUUUUAAAAUCCUGUAUUACCAACUCCCUACAAUAGAGGGCAGUAGCGUCUCUAGCUUUGCAUCAUUCUGCGAGGAUCAUUACACGAAAUAGAGUGUCCUCCAGCAAUACAGCAGUGACAGGAGAAGCCGGUCGUCUAAGGACAAGGGCAACAACCAUGGUUUUCGAGGAAAAGAUGAUCACGAGCGGAGAGCCUGAGG